AUGAAGGAGUACGAAAAUUUCGAAAUUCUUAAGAAAAAAUUCAGCCCCCUGCUUUUUAUUUUCCGUAAGGAUGAAGAAAACGAAUUGAAGAAGUACACAAAGAAAUGCACCCUGGUCAAUGCAAUAAAAAACUACAACGUAGGAACUCCCAAGGAAUAUGCUACCGCGUUGGAAAACAGAUCCAAUCUGUACACGAAGAACAAACUAAUGAGUUACUUUGAGAAGCCUCUUGGUGUGUUCAGCAAAUUUUAUGAUAACACUCCUGUAUCGGAAAGGGGCCAUUUUUUCAGGGCAAAUAAUAUGAGCACGAAUAGGGCUCUCGCCUACAGGAAUAGCAGCAUGUUGAAUAGGGCCCUCCUGAAUUCAAAAUACUUCCCCAACAUUUUAAAUAACAACAUCGUUCGCAUGGGAAAUGAUGAAGAAUCCGAUUUCGGUGACCUGGAGGAAGAGUACGUGGUGGUCAAGAAGGUGUACACCUACGUACGCGAGUUCGACAGCAUGUACAUGUACAUUUUCUAG